GUCUCGACAUACAUCAGCUGCAGGUGUCAAGACUGGCAUUGCGUCGAUCGUCGUUUCUGCUUUGGGAUGACAUACUUCCAACAGCGACAUCGUACAUACUUAUCAAACCCGCCGCCCUCUUCUCAUCUUUCCCGCUCUGGUGUUUUGUUCGUUGUUUGUAUCUGUCUUCCUUGGCAAUAUCAUCUUGAUCUCGACCUACGAGUGGCUCGUAGAUUGAUGAAUUAGACAAGCACCUUGACUCUCCAUCCAUCACCGGUGAUUAUAUAACAUCACCUGUCCUGCUUGCCCCUAAGUCAUUCACAAACCCUCAUUCACAGAUACUCUAGCAAGCUCACAAUACAACAUCUCAGAGAACCCAGUCCAUCAAUCUUACCAUCAACUACAAUGACCAGACUCACCACCAAGGCCUUCUCGGCCCUCAGGACCACCAUGGUCCCCAAUUCAGCCUCCCGCCUUUCCCCCAGGCUCACCACUGCACUUUUCCAACAUCAACCCCGAGCCAUCACCCAAACCAUUAUCACCCCUCUCAGCCACACCCGCUCCCUCCACCAAACCGCUUCCUGUCCCCUCCCUGCCUCCGAGCCCUUCAAGCUCGACCGCACCAAACGCCUCCCCGAGUUCUUCUCCCUCCAAGACAAAGUCAUCCUCAUCUCCGGCGGCGGGCGGGGCGUCGGCCUCACUCAAGCCGAGGCCGUCCUCGAAGCCGGCGCGCGUGUGCACGUCGUCGACAUUCUGCCCGACCCUUCCACCGAUCCCGACUCUCCCUUUUCCGCCGUUGCCAAGCGCGCCACCGAGGAACUGGGGUCCAGCAUUACUUAUCACCGUGUGGACGUGCGUAAUCAGCAGGCGCUGAACGAAGUUGUGCAGGGGAUUGCCAAGAAGGAGGGCAGGAUGGAUGGGUUGAUUGCUGCGGCGGGGAUCCAGCAGGAGACGAGCGCGCUCGAGUAUAGCAGGGAGGAUGCGGACAAGAUGAUGAGCGUGAAUGUCACGGGGGUGUUCAUGACGGCGCAGGCGGUGGCGAGGGUCAUGGUGGAAAAUGGGUGGCCGGGGAGUAUGGUGCUGAUUGGGAGCAUGAGUGGGACGGUGGCUAAUCGGGGGUUGAUUUGCCCCGCCUACAAUGCCUCCAAAGCCGCCGUCCUCCAGCUUGGCCGCAACCUCGCCUCGGAAUGGGGCGAGCAUGGCAUCCGCGUCAACACGCUUUCGCCGGGCUACAUCGUGACCGCCAUGACGGCCGGCCUCUUCGAAGCUUUUCCCGAGCGCAGGACCGCUUGGCCCGAUGCCAACAUGCUCAAAAGGCUAAGUUACCCGGAGGAGUACCGCGGCGCGGCGAUCUUCUUGCUCAGUGAUGCGAGCAGCUUCAUGACGGGCGCGGAUCUGAGGAUUGAUGGUGGGCAUUGUGCUUGGUAAGAGGGAAUGUGUGAUGGAUCUGUGAUGAAAUGAUGGGAAUAUGAAGAAAAGUCGGAGUAAGGCUCGCAUAGUACGGGGGGGACAUGAAGGGGCAGAGGGAGUAUAUGAGACCAUUCUUCACUUAAGUAAUGCGCGACGAAGUUUUGCCAGACAUUGAUAUCUACUCAAUUCAAGUACCUCCAUUUAAUGUUCGAUACCUGAACCAGUACUUUGUACGAG